UUCGGAAAAAGAUACAGUAAAUGAUGUGUUAAGAAAAUGGAUAACAACACAUUCGAUAUCAUUGCUCGGCAAAGUGUCUCGUGAAUUAAGAUAUGUCAAGAAAAAUGGAUGUCGACACAUUAACGAAUAUAUUCCUGCUAUCUAUUUUUCUGGCGAGAAGCCUGGAUUUCUGGAAUAG